AUGGAUGAGCAUACUUAUUUUGAGUUAUUGAACUUGGUAACUCCUUUGAUAAUGAAGAAAAACACGAAGUUAAGAGAAGCAAUCUCUCCACAUGAAAGACUCACGGUGACACUGAGAUAUUUGGCAACAGGAAGAAGUUAUGAAGAUCUAAAAUUCACAGCAGCGAUUUCGGCACAAUCAUUAGGACAAAUAAUUCCUGAAACAUGUUCUGCUAUUUAUAAAUUUYCCAAUAAUGAAACUGAAUGGAAAGCUAUUGCUACUCAAUUUGAACAAAGGUGGAAUUUUCCAAAUUGCUUGGGUAGUGUAGACGGCAAACAUGUCCACAUAAUUUCACCUUCAAACUGUGGUUCCUACUUCUGGAAUUACAAAGGAACUUAUAGUCUUGUAUUAAUGGCAAUCCGCUAA